GUGCCAGCUCCUACCAAAGCUGAGUUUCCAGUGGCAAUUUCCUCCUCCUGGAGCAGCUGAGGCCAGAUCGCCUGGCCUGCCCCUGCCUGGGACACCCCGCCUGGGGUUGGGAAGCCUGCAGAAUGUGGCCCUUCAGCCCUGAGGUUUUCCCAAACAUACCUUGUGCAACUGCAGGCCACCUGCUUCACACCUGUACUCUCUUUCUGACCUUACUCCAUAUCUCACGAGGUUCUGGGGACUCCAGGGUACCCCCCAAGCCCUUCAUCACUGUCUGGAAUGCAAACACCCAGCGGUGCCUAGAGACAUACGGCGUGGAUGUGGAUGUCAGUGUCUUCGAUGUGGUUGUCAACCCGAGACAGGCCUUCCGUGGCCCGAAUAUGACCAUUUUCUACAGCUACCAGUUGGGCACCUACCCGUACUACACGCCCACGGGAGAACCUGUGUUCGGUGGCCUGCCCCAGAAUGCUAGCCUUGACAUCCACCUGACCCGCACCUACUGGGACAUCCUGGCCGCCAUGCCCACAGCUGACUUCUCAGGACUGGCAGUCAUUGACUGGGAGGCAUGGCGCCCACGCUGGGCCUUCAACUGGGACACCAAAGAUAUUUACCGACAGCGUUCACGGGCACUGGUGCAGGCAGAACACCCGGAUUGGCCUGCCCCUUGGGUAGACGAAGCAGCCCAGGAUCAGUUCCAGGGAGCUGCAAAGGCCUGGAUGGCAGACACGCUCCAGCUGGGGUGCACGCUGCGUCCCAGUGGCCUCUGGGGCUUCUACGGCUUCCCUGACUGCUACAACCACGACUUUUUGAAACCCAACUACACAGGCCAGUGUCCCCAGGAUGUCUUGGCGCAGAAUGACCAGCUGGGCUGGUUGUGGAAUCAUAGCCACGCCCUCUACCCCAGCAUCUACUUGCCUGCCGCACUGCAAGGCACAGGGAAAGCGCAGGUGUAUGUGCGGCACCGUGUGAGUGAGGCAUUCCGGGUGACACUGGCCACCAGAAACCCUGAUCUGCCAGUGCUACCCUACGCCCAAAUCUUCUAUGACCUGUCAAAUCACUUUCUGCCCCUGGAGGAGCUAGAGCACAGCGUGGGGGAGAGUGUGGCUCAGGGAGCAGCUGGAGUGGUGCUCUGGGUGAGCUGGGAGAACACCAGCACCAAGGAGGCAUGCCAGGCCAUCAAGAGGUACAUGGACACCACACUGGGGCCCUUCCUCCUGAACGUGACUAGCGCAGCUCAUCUAUGCAGUCAAGCCCUAUGCUCGGGCCAUGGCCGCUGUGCCCGCCACCCUAGCCACCCUGAGGCCCUCCUUGUCCUCAACCCUGCUAGCUUCUCUAUCCGGCUCAAGCCUGGUAGGCCCCUGGACCUGCAGGGUGGCCUCUCACUCAAGGAUCGGGCACGCAUGGCUGCGGAGUUUCAAUGCCGCUGUUACCGUGGCUGGUGGGGAGCACACUGUGAGCAGCAGGUGAGGCAGUGACAGGCCCCGUGCUGGGUAAUACACACCGAGAAGCUCAGCUGCCUCCAACACAGGCACAGUCAUGCGCAGGUCAGAGUCACGGUCAGGAGUGCACUCAGCCACCAUCACAGGUGGUCACAUGCCCUGAGCACUCGAGUACGCCUGCAGAACGGAAAAGCUGCGUACAGAGUUGGCACUAAUGCCCGACACUGUCCUCUCCUUGUCCAUGUGUCCCUGCUGGACAGGGAUAGUUAGCCAGUCUCUGAAAUGCAGCAAUCACAGGAACCAAUAUUUACUGAGCACCUUCCUUAAGUCCUGUGCUAAGCACUUCCAGAGGACUUAUACGGGGCCAGCACUCUGGCACAGUGGGUUAAGCCACAGCCUGCAGCACUGGAAUCUCAUGAGCAGCAGUUCGAACCCCGGCUGCUCUCCCUCCAAUCCAGCUGCCUGCUAAUGUGCCUGGAAAAGUAGAGGAAGAUGGCUUAAGUGCUUGGGACCCUGCACCCACAUGAGUGGGAGAAGUUCCUGGCUUUGGGGAGUGAACUAGCAGAUGGAAAUGGAUGGCUUGUGGAUGUACUGUUGUGUGUGUUGCCGGUAACCAGCCCCAAAUCCGCUGAGAAAGACCAAGCCCCCACAGCACAGCAAAUAAAAGUAGUUAAGAUUAGAA